AUGUCCAUCUUGUUCACGUCGGGAGCAACCGUGACUUUUCGUCCGUUUUUGGACGAGAUUGUCACUGUGUCUUUUCUCCUGUCUCUUCAGAAAUCGGGCUUCUCCACGGUGGCACUCCAGUAUGGCAACGAGACAAACCCAGACACCGGCUCCAAGGUAAGCAAGGAGUAUUUUAGCCAGCUUUUGGCCGACAGGCAAAUCGUGCAGCACUUGGACUUUGAGCUUGUCAACGAGACUAAUGACAAGUCCGUGACGGUGUUCCGCAGCCCGACUCUCACUUUGCAGGUUUUUGGCUUUUCGGACGACAUCGGAUCGUACAUCCGGUCGGCGGAUCUUGUGGUUUCACAUGCCGGCACCGGGUCUAUUCUCGAUACGCUCCGGCUCAAAAAGCCUUUGAUUGUCGUAACAAACGAAUCCUUGAUGGACAACCACCAGGCCGAAAUCGCCGCUCGCUUCGAGAAGGAAAAGUACUUGGCCAAAGUCAGUGUGCUGGAAUUGGCCCAGGGCAUGCUCCGAGACAAAAUCGGGCGGUGGAAAAACGGCGACUUGCACUUCGAGUUACUUCCGGAGCCACCGGCGGGUGUCUUGGGCCACGUGAUUUCCGAGGAGCUUUGCGGGCUGUAG